AGUGAUAGGGACGGUUUGGAUAAUUGGAUUUGGAUUUGGAUUUGGAGGUUAUAUCAGACUGCAUUAUUUAAUGGCCACAAUUCAAUUUCAAAUUUCGUCAACACCGCUGUGGUUUUCUUCGUCGGGUUAACGAUGGACCUCCGCUCCACUUUUCUCACCGGCUCAGCCCACAUCGCCGCCGCUCUCCGUCCUCGCAUCCGCCCUAUCACGUCCACUCCCGCUUUCAAACUAACCACAGCUACCGUCUUCAACUGUGACGCGAUAAAAUGCUUCAGAAUUUCAUCGAAUUUGGGGGCUGUUGCUCUUGAAACAGCGGAGACGGAUGCUGAAGAAGACAUCGAGUCUAUUUUUUCAAGUAUGUCCGCCGAUGAUGUCGAUCAAAGGCGCCGCCGGAGCAAGCAAUCGGCUACAGGUGCUUCGGGCAUUUCAUCCGGGGUUAAGCUGGAGAAUAUCAGCAAAACCUAUAAAGGGCUUACCGUGUUGAGAGACGUGAGCUGGGAGGUGAAGAAGGAAGAGAAAGUCGGGUUGGUUGGCGUGAAUGGAGCGGGCAAAACUACACAGAUGAGGAUUAUUGCGGGAUUGGAAGAACAGGACUCGGGAAAUGUGAUCAAAGCGAGGCCCAAUAUGAAAAUAGCAUUUCUGAACCAGGAAUUUGAGGUCGAAGCGUCACGGACUUUAAAGGAAGAGUUCCUAAGUGCAUUCAAGGAGGAAAUGGAGGUGGCAUCAAGGCUGGAGAAGGUUCAGAAGGCUAUCGAGAAGUCGGUUGAUGACUUGGAGCUGAUGGGAAGGCUAUUAGAUGAGUUUGAUUUGCUGCAGAGGAGGGCGCAGGCAGUGGACUUGGAUGAAGUUGAUGUGAAGGUUAAUAAGAUGAUGCCCGAGCUAGGGUUCCUCCCAGAGGAUGCCGAUAGACUUGUUGCCUCGUUCAGCGGCGGGUGGCAAAUGAGGAUGUCACUUGGGAAGAUUCUGCUGCAGGACCCAGAUUUACUACUCUUGGAUGAACCCACAAAUCAUCUUGAUCUUGAUACAAUCGAGUGGCUUGAGGGGUAUCUGAAUACGCAGGAUGUGCCAAUGGUUAUCAUAUCACAUGACCGAGCAUUCCUUGACCAGUUAUGUACAAAGAUUGUGGAGACCGACCAGGGUGUUUCCCGGACAUUUGAAGGAAACUAUUCCAAUUACAUUAUUAAAAGGGGAGCAUGGAUUGAAGCCCAGUUCGCAGCCUGGGAAAAACAACAGAAAGAAAUUGAACAAGCAAAAGGUUUGAUUAAUAGGUUAAGUGCAGGGGCAAACUCAGGCCGUGCAUCUACUGCUGAAAAGAAGCUGGAAAAGCUUCAGGAAGGGGAUCAAGUUGAUAAGCCCUUUAUUCGGAAACAAAUGAAGAUAACAUUCCCUGAGCGGGGAAGAAGCGGAAGAUCUGUUGCAACAAUUAAAAAUAUGGACUUUUCUUAUGGCGAUAAGGUCCUUCUCAAGAACGUUAAUCUAACUAUAGAAAGAGGAGAAAAAAUUGCCAUCCUCGGUCCAAAUGGGUGUGGAAAGAGUACUUUACUGAAGUUGAUUAUGGGUCUAAAGAGCCCAACCAAAGGUGAAAUCUUGCUUGGGGAUCAUAAUGUGGUACCAAACUACUUCGAACAAAACCAGGCAGAAGCACUUGAUUUGGGCAAGACAGUAAUUGAGACUGUAGCUGAAGCUGCAGAGAACUGGAGACUAGAUGAUAUUAAAGGACUUCUUGGGCGUUGUAAUUUUAAAGCCGACAUGCUUGAUAAAAAGGUUUCAGUUUUGAGUGGUGGUGAGAAGGCACGCCUUGCCUUUUGCAAAUUCAUGGUCAUACCCUCCACUUUUCUAAUACUUGAUGAACCAACGAAUCAUCUUGAUAUUCCAUCAAAAGAAAUGCUUGAGGAGGCAAUAACAGAGUACCAGGGUACGGUCAUAACUGUGUCACAUGAUCGAUAUUUCAUAAAGCAAAUUGUUAACAGAGUGUUGGAAGUGAAAGACUGCACUUUACAGGAUUAUGAUGGGGAUUAUGAAUAUUAUUUAGAAAAAAACUUGGAGGCCCGGGAAAAACAAAUGGAGAGGGAGGCAGAGCUGGAUGAGAAGUCCCCCAAAGUUAAAUCCAAAGCAAAAAUGUCAAAGGCCGAGAAGGAAGCACGGAAGAAGCAGAAGCAGCAGUCUUUCCAAGCAGCCAACCAGAGGUCCAAAAAAACAAAGAACUCCAAGAGAUGGAACUAAAUUCAUUCAUUUUAUUAACACACAAAAAAAAAAUUGAAGCAACUCUGCAGUGCUAUUUGUAACUAUUAUUACUACUAGACUUGUAGUUAGUUGAAUCAGCCAGCAGCCAACAACAUUGUCUAGUCUGUAUGUACAUAUUACAAAAAACAGCAAUUAAUUUUGAAGAGAAGAAUGAAAAUUCUCAUUACAAAAUCUGGUCACUUGGAAAAGUGGAAUUUGAUUAGGCUUGUUGUUGUAUUAUCAUUUUCAUAACCCAUCAUUCUUCAUCUGUGGGUUUUGAAAAUUCUUUAUUUUGCAGUUCCAUUUACCAGUUAUACCCAUUUUGCUAUGUCUUCUGCUCAAUGAUAUUUCAAAAGGUCUACAAGUCUUUUGCUGAAUGACAUGUCAACAAGUUGGUCUCAAAUUCCUUUGAUUGACACUUCAACUAAUUACAAAAAAGUGGCGGGCAACAAAUUGCGCGGCUGGCCGUAGAGUAGAUUUCCCUUCACGUGGAUCUUAGAGAAAGUUCAUUGGAGCCUCCUUCUUAGCCGAAAUCUUUGUCCGCUUUAAAACAUCACAUAGAACAUUCCUGAUCAGAUCAUAUUUGUAUUUAAAACCAAGUAAAAACUCCUUGCAAUA